AUGGAUAUGGAAAAGCUUUUAUUGACUCCCCAAUUAGAAGUGGGGCAAUUAUAUUAUAAACGGAAACUAAAAACCUACAAUUUUACUGUGUAUAAUCUCAAAACUACUGUUGCUAUUAACUACAUGUGGCAUAAAUUGAAUGGUACAAAAGGAUCGUCAGAAGUAGUUACAUGCUUAUGGAACAUGCUUUCUGAGCUACCAUCUGAAGUGAGUGAAGUAACAUUUUAUUAUGAUACUGCAACAGUGCCAAAGAAACCACACAUACUCGACAUAAAAGAAGUUUCGCCGAAAUCGCGAAGAAAAAUAGAAUUGAGAAAUCGAAUACUCAUUUGUACUGUACGAGGAUUUCCCCUGCCGAAGAUUACGUGGAGGCGGAAAAACCAAGAACUGCAUCAUAGCAGGGCUUAUAAUGUGCUGUAUAAAAGGAGGCAGAGCAAGUUAGUGAUCAAGAAGCCUGAUGCAGAGUAUCUGGGCCAGUACGAGUGCGUAGCUGAGACGGUGAACGGACUGAAGGCCUCAAAAAACUUCACCCUUUUGCCUCAACCUAAUAAAAAAUGUUCAGAAAACUUUGACAAAGAUUUUUGCCAAAACGGGGGAACAUGCUUCCAUGAAGCAUCGAUGAACUACUAUGGGUGUUUUUGUCCAGAUAAUUACAGCGGAGAAAAAUGCGAAGUGAAAAAGCCCAGCAACACUAGUAUGUAUCCCCAACCAGAUUUAUACGCUUGUAAUUUAGGCCUAUCGACAAAAUACAAUUGUUAG